AUGCAUGAGAAGCAGGAAAGCAUGGAUGUACUGAAUAUCAACGUCGGUAUCCUGGGCCACGUGGAUUCUGGCAAGACUUCGCUUGUCAAAGCCCUCAGCACCGUCUUGUCAACAGCAUCCCUGGACAAAAACCCACAGUCGCGAGAAAGGGGUAUAACGCUUGACCUUGGCUUCUCUGCCUUCACCGUGUCGUUACCGGAGCAUCUCCCGCAGGACCAGUACAGCCACCUACAAUUCACGCUGGUAGAUUGCCCAGGACACGCUUCUCUGAUCCGUACAAUUAUCGGUGGAGCCCAGAUAAUGGACAUGAUGUUGUUGGUGGUAGACGCGACGAAAGGAAUACAAGCCCAAACCACGGAGUGCGUGGUGAUUGGAGAGGCGGUGAUGUCAAGCGGUGCGGAUGUCAUCGUUGUCCUCAACAAGGUUGAUCUCAUCCCGGAACAAGAGCGCAAAGCAAGACUUCGUCAAGCUGAAACGGAAAUCGCAGCGCAGCUCGCGGGGACCAAGUUAUCGAGUGCUUCCUUCGUUUCUUGCGCUGCUGCGGUGGGCGGCGAAAAGACCGCAGCCUCUACUCCGCCCGCCGGUUCCCGAAGCUCCAAGGGCAGGGCCAAGAAGACGGGGGUCCUCUCUGGCAAUGUAGGAAGCGCUGCGGGUGCCACCAGCCACGAAAAAGGUUCAAAGGACGUCAGGCCCGGCGGUGGUGAUGAUGCUGCGGAACCCCUGAGCGGGGUAACGCCCCCCCGCCCCCCCUCGUCAUGCUCGGAGGAGACUUCGGCGAUGGGAAUCGACACAGUGGCCGGGGAGUUGUCGCGGCGAGCAAGAGUGCCUAGUCGGAGAGCCUCUGCCCCUCUCUACUUUGCGUUCGACCAUUGCUUUUCUGUCCGUGGGCAAGGGACCAUUCUCACAGGCACUGUUCUUACCGGGGAGGUCAAGGUUAAUCAGCUGGUCGAGCUUCCAUCGCUUCGGUUGCAGAAGAAGGUCAAGUCGAUGCAGAUGUUUCGGAAGCCAGUAUCCAUCGCCAGGGCUGGUGAUCGCGUGGGGAUGUGUGUGGCAAGUCUGGACGCAAAGCUCAUGGAAAGAGGAGUUGUGACGACUCCGGGUUCUGUGAGACCAAUUUCGGCUGCAAUCGCUCUCGUCAGAAAGGUGCCUGCAUUCACCGGACAAUGUCUUAGCGGUGCCUACUGCCACGUGUCCUUGGGACACAGUACGGCGAUGGCCACGGCCACGUUCUUCGGAGCCAGCGAGCUGAAAAACGGGCUGCUGGGACUGUUCGAACACAGCGCUGACGGCCUUAAGGCUUUGGAAGCGCUUCGUGACGCUGGUCAAGGGCAAGAUUUGUCGCUAAAUGAGAUUGCCUCUCUACCAUUCCCAUCGGAAGCGGCGUUCGUCCAGCAAACCCACCUCUGCGGCGCAGGCAGUGAAAACUCAAUCGCUGGUGCUGACGACGAGGUAUGUGUUGAUGAACGCCCCCUCCUUCAGUACUGCCAUCUCACGUUUCACACGCCGGUCAUAACACCGCCAAGCAGCGUUGUACUGGGGAGCAGGCUAGACAGCACGUCGAGCUCUCCCAACAAGACAGAAGCAGCUCACCCGACAGGGGAGACUAUUAAGGGCUUGGCGGCGGUCCAAGAGCAUUGCCGAAUCGCGUUCCACGGACGCUUGGUGUCGAUGUCAGCUGAUGUCGUCGGGACGCGCAAGGGGCCAGGCGAUGCAAGAGCCGCGCUGGAUUUCGGGACACAAGCCGGGCAACUGAAGCUGUUCACGGAGAAGCGUAAAACCGGAGUAGUGUUCCGCGUGACACCCAAUGAUCAGACAGGGGGGGGCGCUGUGGAGGUGUUUGGGAAGGACCUAUUCAAGAAGGAGACCAACAUGCCGCCGUUCGUGGGCAUGCUUUUGCUGACAGAGGGCGGCAGCGUCGGCCAUCUCGAGAGCACAUUCGGAAAGGCAGGGAGGUUUAAGGCCCGCUUUCCUGCGGGUACCUUGGUCAAGGUCGGGGACAAGCUCAUCCUGAAGUUCCGCAAGUAUUUCCGCGACCCUUCAAAGCGCAUGCAUCAAGGCUACCUGCGAGAGGCUCUCGAACGACAUCCCCACCGACCGAUUGUAGGGGCGCGCACCGCAGAUAACCCGACAGACGAUGACAACGACCACGACAACCAUGACGAAGGCGCACCAGGAUCUGCCGCAGCAACGACCACCGGCGUGGAAGAGCCAGCGGCGCAAGAAACACGCGAAGAAUCACCGCCUCCUCCUCAUUUGCGCGAUGGAGUUGUUGACAGCGUUAAAGAAGGAGUCGCCGACGACGAGCCGGUAGCCAUCGCGUUCGUUUCCGGGCUCUUCUCCCAAGAGGAAGACAUCCGGGAGAUAGCCAAGAGGGGGAUGUCCGUGCGCACGGAGACGGGAGGCUUGGUGGGUCGCCUCAAAGGCCCGUUCGGGAAGCUGGGCAAGUGCAAGGUGGUGUUCGAAAGGGAAGAAGGUGGCUAUCUUCGACCCGGCGAGCGUGUCUUCGUCCCACGAUGA